GGGGUAUUUAUGAUGACUGAUAAAUGUUUGAUAAUAGUUAAUCGGUGGCACCUAAACUAUAUGUCGACGAGUCAAUGAGGUAACCAUGAAUCUUAUUAAGGGGCAAUGUGGCUUCUAGUCGACUGAUAACAGUUGGACCGAAGGGCAUGGCUCAAUCAGAGCGAAGCGCCAGGUCCAAAGUAGUUUUCUAAUCUAGUGUCUUUCUAAUUGGAUGGAUUGUAACCAAAUUGGCAUGCAACAUUCUGUGGAACCAUCAUGUUAUCCUGAGAUGGCUUUUGAUGCCAUAUGAGCCAAGAGGGUGGAGCUUCAAGGUCAAACACGGUUUCAGCACAUCCGUAACGUAUGAACGCACUGAUUUUGAUAAGGCUCGGUAACCACGUUCUAUGGAGCCGUCAUCCCGAGAUGGCUUUUGAUGCCCUAUGAGCCAAGAGGGUGGAGCUUCAAGGUCAAACACGGUUUCAGCACAUCCGUAACGUAUGAACGCACUGAUUGUGAUAAGGCUCGGUAAGCACGUUCUAUGGAGCCGUCAUCCCGAGAUGGCUUUUGAUGCCCUAUGAGCCAAGAGGGCGGAGCUUCGAGGUCAAACACGGUUCCAGCACAUCCGUAAAGGAUGAAAGCACUGAUUUUGAUGAAGCUGGUUAAGCACGUUCUAUGGAACCAAGAAUAGUUCAAGAGACCCUUUGGAACCAAGGCGGCAAAUAUCUUGGGGCUGAAUAAUUAUUUCAAAAUAAUUCUGGACCUCAUAAGUGUCUACGAAUUUAAGAAAAAUCUGGUGUUCACGGUUUUGGAACAAAGACCCCAGGCUAAUAAUAUAUUGCAUUAGGUACGAAGAUAAUAUAGCUUAAGUUUAAGAAAUCCUUUCUUACACAACUACCUGUGCAGGCCUGUACUGCAUAGAUUUUAAACACAAAUAGAUAUGCAAAUAGAUAAGUUUCUUGCGUUGUAUGCAAGAAACUCUAACCAAGAGCACUUCUUUUGAAGUUGUGAGUUGUCUAUAGGAAAACCCUUUUUGCGAACACAAUCAGAGCUAUAUUAUAAACUCUCCCGCUACCAGGUGAUUUUCUUCAAAAAUUUCCAAGCCUUUCACCAGAGGAAUUUCUUAAAACUGUCACUCAAUUUUCAGACAUUUUGCCUAAAUGCUCGUAUAAUUGUUUUAGGGAAUCAUAACACUCUGAAAUUUGCUUUCUUGUUUUUAUAAAGAAUCUUAUAAUUAUAAAGAAUAACUUUUUCUAUAUUACGAUUUGAAAGAAAGUUUGGUUUACCUCUUUAUUUUGAGUUAAAAAACGAUAUUAAGGAUCCAAUAAAAUGUUUCUCCCACAGUAUAAUUAGUUGGUACUAAAUAUAUUUUUAAACAGUAGAAUGAGUUAAUGGAAAUAAAUUGAAUUGUUUGGAUGUAAAUCAAAAGUAUUAUAAUUAAUUAUAUUCGUAAUACCAAUACGCAAAUGACAUAAUCAUAGCACAUAUUUAUCAAGAUAAUUUAGUCUUGGUCAUUAAUAAACUAAAAAUGAACUUAUAAAACUUAUAGAAUACUGAAGUAGUACAGUUUAUUUUAAACUAUUUAUUAAAAAUUAUGAUUUAAAUACAGAAUACAAACAGCAGGAAUGAGAUAGAACUUAAUGUGAACCCAUUUACUGUAUUUGCUGGCAUAUAUGUUGAUUUCUUUCCUUAAAAGGAUUAUCUAUGUAUACAGCGUUUAUUUAUAAGUCAAUUUUGUCAGUGUUACAGAAGGUAAAUUUUAAUUUUAGUCUGUAAUAGACAGAUAGUCAAAUAUGUGUGCUGCACCCUUUUCAUUGUACCGGAAUUGCCCGUGAGUAUCCCCACCACUGGAAAUUAUACUUAUAGCUUAGUCAAGACACUUGCAUGCCCUCCAUGUGUUGAGGACACUGCUUUCACAGCAGUUAAAUUUAAUCAUGAAACUACAAUGGAUUAUGGAUUAUGGUUUCUCCAGUUAAGUAAAAUUACGUUAUUGGUACAUGAAGCCAUAAUUAAAUUAAUUAUUGGGAUUUAUAGCUUCACGAAAUUGGAGUAUUUUUUAUCGUUUAAUUAAGUUUUAAACAAAAUGAGUUUUGUUAUACUUUUCGACGUUUCCCGGCAAGCAUUUAGGCUUGUAUUUUAGGCGAAAGGGUGUACUUUUCAAUGAAAGAGUUUUUCGUUGCGGAUGAUCUAACACUACCAUCAACGAUAUAACCGGUUUUUGGUGGUCCAAUAAAGCAACCACCUGUACGUAAAAAAAUAAUCAGUUUGAUAAAUUAUUAUUUGAUGUACGACUAAAACUGACAGUUAAAUAUAGAGUAAAACAUAAUAUAUUUAUCGUUACAUAUUUAGUUUUAAUACUACUUUUCAAAAACUGUGUUUAUGGUAUCAAACAUACGAUAAAUAGAAAUAACAGUUGUGUUAAAAUGCCAUUUAUUACAGAGACAAUCUUUCAGCACAGCUUCCCUUAGUAAUUUACUUGUAAAGAGUUUCAGUAAAUAACUAUAUUUCCAUUCCAAAAUAAAAAAAAUUCAUCUAUUAUCACACGUAGCGAAGAUCAUCUGCACAAUGGAACAUGAAACAACGCAAAAAUCCCUUGGAUUGGAACCGUUACUCACCAAAACAAUAUUCAGUGCUAUUAAUGGAAAUUAAUAUUCACAAAAAUAUCUCGAGGAUACGUGUAUGGAACAUGAAACAACGCAAAAAUCCCUUGGAUUGGAACCGUUACUCACCAAAACAAUAUUCAGUGCUAUUAAUGGAAAUUAAUAUUCACAAAAAUAUCUCGAGGAUACGUGUAUGGAACAUGAAACAACGCAAAAAUCCCUUGGAUUGGAACCGUUACUCACCAAAACAAUAUUCAGUGCUAUUAAUGGAAAUUAAUAUUCACAAAAAUAUCUCGAGGAUACGUGUAUGGAACAUGAAACAACGCAAAAAUCCCUUGGAUUGGAACCGUUACUCACCAAAACAAUAUUCAGUGCUAUUAAUGGAAAUUAAUAUUCACAAAAAUAUCUCGAGGAUACGUGUAUGGAACAUGAAACAACGCAAAAAUCCCUUGGAUUGGAACCGUUACUCACCAAAACAAUAUUCAGUGCUAUUAAUGGAAAUUAAUAUUCACAAAAAUAUCUCGAGGAUACGUGUAUGGAACAUGAAACAUCGCAAAAAUCCCUUGGAUUGGAACCGUUACUCACCAAAACAAUAUUCAGUGCUAUUAAUGGAAAUUAAUAUUCACAAAAAUAUCUCGAGGAUACGUGUAUGGAACAUGAAACAACGCAAAAAUCCCUUGGAUUGGAACCGUUACUCACCAAAACAAUAUUCAGUGCUAUUAAUGGAAAUUAAUAUUCACAAAAAUAUCUCGAGGAUACGUGUAUGGAACAUGAAACAACGCAAAAAUCCCUUGGAUUGGAACCGUUACUCACCAAAACAAUAUUCAGUGCUAUUAAUGGAAAUUAAUAUUCACAAAAAUAUCUCGAGGAUACGUGUAUAGAUGUUGAUAUUGCUUACGUGUAAAUGUUUCUCUUUAGAGCCAGACAUAACUAUUCUUGAUAGAUGUGCCUGAUAGAUAACUAAAAUUGAGAGCUUGUCAAUACUUAGAUGAUCUUAAUAACUAUUAUAAUCGAGGUAAAUUCAUCUCACUAUAGAGAAGAACUUUAAUCCUAGAAAUUUAUCCUACAAAUUUGUUUAAAACUCCCUUACUUUAUAUAUUUAGAGAAGUGAAAAGUUAGCGCCUCAAAUAAAAAUGACUUGUGCUAACAGGAAAAGGGAAUACGCUUAUGUUUGCAAGGUCUUCCUCACAAGCUCAUCCUUAGGAAUUUAUUGAGAGGCGUCUCCUUUGUGAAUAUCCAAAUCUAUUAGUCAUCCUCUUGCGAAUAAUUCUCUUUAGUUCAAUCACGACACUAUUCCUUAUGUUGGGUGAUUAUUUAAGUUAUUUUGCAGUUUACAGUUGCAAGUAUACUCUCAUACAAAAGUUCAAUAUGACAAAGAACUGUGUUAUGAUAAAUAUAAGAAAGAAAUUGAUAAGAAAAACAUUAAUUGAGUUAUAAUUACAUAAUUAUAAAUUAGAUAUGUAUCUCGAAGUUAUUUCAACCAUGAUAAAUUAUGAUGUAACCUGAUGAUUUUAUAAAAAAACUACUGUGUUUCUUUCCCCAACAGAGACAAAUUAGGAAGGAUUACACGAUUAAAAUCCAAAUUGAAUUGAAACAUUGGUUUUAAAACCGCCAUCUCCAUAAAUUACAUAGAUUGCUACAUAGAACACUUGGAUAAGUGAAACACUAGCAGUAACGCCGGUAACACCAUGGUGAGUAGCGAUGUUAUAGUUGCCUUCUAAGUAGAACUAAUUGCCAAGUAAUGAGUAUAAAUGACAACGAUCACCUCGCCUUUGUAAGCUGAGGGUUUACAGGUCGUUCCUUACUCGUCGUUCGUUAUCAUUAGUAUUUAUAGGGAUGAACACAACCCAGCGUUAAUACAGCAGUUGGAAUUGAUAAAUAAACUUACAAGAAAAGAAGCCUACAUGAGUUUUAGUUUCAAGCAGU